AUGCUGGAGGUGAUCGGCCAUGUUGGAGGAGAGGUUUCCAUCGACUGCACUGGUAGCUGGACCACAGACAACACUGAACACUACAACAUGUACUUCUGCAAAGGAGUGUGCUCCAGAGAAAACACUCUCAUUGAGACUGAGAGGAGGCCGCUGGCCAUCGCACGGCGAGGGAGAUACAGCAUGGAGGUCAGGGGAGGAGAUGGAGCUUUCAAUGUGACCAUAACGAGGCUGAAGAGGACGGACGCAGGGAGAUAUCACUGUGGCGUGGGGAAAACCUUUACCGUGUUGUUUCAGGAGGUCAAUCUCAUAGUCUUAAAUGCUUCCACUGUUCCUCCUGGAUCCCCUCCCUCCACCACCACCACCACCCUGCAGACCGAAGCAGAAACUCUGCCCCAAGGCAGCUUGCCAUCCAGGACUAUACCGUCACUAACGACCCUGCCUGCUGCAGAGGAGAAAACCAACCAGCGUGCAGCAACCAAACUCAGAGAUACCACAGUGGUCAUCAUUGUUUCCGUGAGCCUGGCUCUUCUGGUUUGUGCCGUCAUACCUCUCAUAUUCUACAAACACUGCCGCAGCGACCCGGAAGGUCAGAACAGACCUGAGGGUGAGGCUGAUUGCUGUGAGGAAAAUGCAGGUGUUGCCUCCACUCAGACUGCAGUGAAGCUGCAGUCUUUAGCUCCAGAUGAAGGUCCAGAGUCUAGUGCUCAGGAUGACUCUAUGUAUGCUUCCACCUACCAGGCACUCGAUCCCAAAUGCCUGGACUGA